AUGAAAAGCGAGGAUGCACCGUUUUACUUGGCAGUAAACAAUGUAAAAACUGGCUCCGGCAAACCUUGGUUCAAAAAAGCUCCAGUCGGUGUAAAAAAGCUUAAUACCUUCAUGAAAACAGUGGCAAAGAAAGCCAGACUCGGCCCAAACUUCAAAACCCACAGCGGCAGAAAAAUUAUGAUUCAAACUUUAGUUAACAACGACGUGCCACCAACUGAUAUUAUGCAACUGUCAGGACACAAAAACGUUCAAAGUAUCACUAGCUACGACCGUCUCACAGAAACAACAGUUGAACAUGUCUCACACUCUCACUGGACUGAGUUCGGGAGAAAUAGCUCCCCAGUCUUGCUCUUCUAUUCCGGAGAAAAGAAAGCACGAGUUUGA